AUACGCAACAACAGCCCAGCACCAAAGUUCACUUUGAAAUUGUGCUGAUGACCUUGGCUGAUUUCAUCUCUGAAACACACUUCACAGAAGCACAGAGCUUUAGCUCUGCCAAAAUGAAAUGCCCGUUCCAACCCCUCGUUGUUUCUCUCAUAUUAAUAUCUGUGUGUGGGAACAAUGGCCAGGUGGAUCAGCUUCAGAAAGGAGGGGACGGUUCUGAGUCUGUGGAUCGCAAAAACCUGAGCAUGCCCCUUCUCGCUGCUGACUUCCACAAGGAAAACACGGUCACCAACGACUGGAUCACAGAGGGAGAGGAGGACGAGGAUUAUCUGGAUCUGGAGAAGCUAUUCAGUGAAGAUGACGAUUACAUCGACAUCAUCGACGUGGUUUCACCCACAGAUUCAGAGGCCAGUGCUGGGAACAUCCUCCAGCUCUUCCACGGCAAGAGCCGGAUCCAGCGCCUUAACAUCCUCAAUGCCAAGUUCGCUUUCAACCUUUACCGAGCACUGAGGGAGCAGGCCAGUCCUUCCGACAACAUCUUCAUAGCCCCUGUGGGCAUUUCCACCGCCAUGGGCAUGCUGUCCUUGGGCCUGAAGGGGGAGACUCAUGAACAAGUACACUCAAUUUUGCAUUUUAAAGACUUUGUCAAUGCCAGCAGCAAGUAUGAAAUCAUGACCAUUCAUAAUCUCUUUCGUAAACUGACUCAUCGCCUCUUCAGGAGGAAUUUUGGGUACACGCUGCGGUCAGUCAAUGACCUUUACAUCCAGAAGCAGUUUCCAAUCCUGAAUGACUUCAAAACUAAAGUAAAAGAAUACUACUUUGCCGAGGCCCAAGCAGCGGACUUCUCAGACCCUGCCUUCAUAUCAAAAACCAACAACCACAUUCUGAAACUCACCAAGGGCCUCAUCAAAGAUGCUCUGGAGAAUAUAGACCCAGCCACUGAGAUGAUGAUUUUAAACUGCAUCUACUUUAAAGGAUCCUGGGUGAAUAAAUUCCCAACGGAAAUGACCCACAACCACAACUUCAGGCUGAACGAGCGAGAGGUGGUCAAGGUCUCCAUGAUGCAGACCAAGGGGAGCUUCCUGGCGACAAAUGACCAGGAGCUGGACUGCGACGUCCUGCAGCUGGAGUAUGUGGGCGGCAUCAGCAUGCUGAUCGUGGUCCCGCACAAGCUGUCGGGCAUGAAGACCCUCGAGACACAGCUGACGCCCCAGGUGGUGGAGAGAUGGCAAAAAAGCAUGACAAACAGAACUCGAGAGGUGCUCUUGCCCAAAUUCAAGCUGGAGAAGAACUACAACCUGGUGGAGGCCCUGCAGUCCAUGGGGAUCACGGCGCUGUUUGAUAAAAGCAGCAACAUGACAGGAAUCUCAGACCAGAGGAUCCUCAUCGAUCUGUUCAAGCACCAAGGUACCAUCACAGUGAACGAGGAGGGCACCCAAGCUGCUGCUGUUACGACGGUGGGCUUCAUGCCUCUGACAACCCAAGUCCGUUUCAAUGUCGACCGCCCCUUCCUGUUCCUCGUCUAUGAGCACCGCACCAGCUGCCUGCUCUUCAUGGGGAAAGUUGCCAACCCCACCAAGUCUUAAAGAUAGAGAUCUGGGUGUCUCAAGUUUUGGGGGCACUCUGUAGUUCUGCUUUCAUUGUAACAAUGAGAACAGAGAUGUUUAGCAUCA